AACGAUCCGUGAAUCAUCCAUCCAUCCAUCCAAAAUUGAGAACCGCGAAAACCCUUAAACCCUAAACCCGCUCUCCAUGGCGGCAGCUGUCCGCCGAAAGCUCACUCCUCUGCUCGCCGCCGCGCCUCACCUACUCGCCCGUCGUCGCCAUUGGAUUCGCUCCCACUGCACCAGCCACCUCGGUUUCCUUUCCCGAUCACCGCUCUCUGAGCCCGAAGUGGAUGCCAAUGCCUCCCCUGUGCCCGGCGUGAAGGUUCUGGAGUCCUUCUCCGAGGAGUUCGAGAUCGGAUCCCGGAUUAUCACGAUCGAGACCGGCAAGAUCGCCAGGUUCGCCAAUGGCGCCGUUGUUAUCGGGAUGGGCGACACCAAAGUCCUUGCCACCGUGGCUUCAUCCAAAGGUGACGGUGUCCGGGACUUUCUUCCUCUCACUGUUGAUUAUCAAGAAAAGCAAUAUGCUCAAGGUAUCAUUCCGACUACAUACAUGCGGAGAGAGGGUGCCCCCAAGGAGCGGGAGCUUUUAUGUGGUCGUAUCAUUGACCGUCCUAUUCGCCCGCUAUUUCCUGCUGGCUUUUACCAUGAAGUCCAGGUCAUGGCAAGUGUUCUAUCCUCAGAUGGCAAUCAAGAUCCAGAUGUGAUGGCAGCUAAUGCAACCUCUGCUGCUCUCAUGUUGUCAGAUAUUCCUUGGAAUGGGCCCAUUGGUGUGAUACGUGUUGGGAGGAUAGAUGGCCAGUUUGUUUUUAAUCCUUCUAUGGAUGAGCUCAGCUCCAGUGAUCUCAACCUAGUCUAUGCAUGUACCCAAGACAAAACGCUCAUGAUUGAUGUACAGGCUCGUGGAAUCUCAGAAAGGGACCUAGAAGCUGGGCUGAAACUUGCACAUCCUGAGGCUGUCAAAUACAUUGAACCUCAAAUUAGAUUGGCUGAGAAAGCUGGGAAACGAAAGAGAGAAUAUAAAUUAUCUAUGAUCACUGAAAGGACAAUUGAGAAGAUAAAGAGCUUGGCAGAAGGGCCUAUAGAAGCUGUCUUUACAGAUUCUGCCUAUGGCAAGUUUGAACGUGGAGAAGCUUUGGAUAAAAUCACACAAGAUGUGAAAGCAAAACUUGAAGAAGAGAAUGACGAGGAGAGUUUGAAAGUUCUGCCGAAGACAGUUGACAUGGUUCGGAAAAAGAUUGUGCGUCGAAGGAUUAUUGAGAAAGGCCUUAGAGUGGAUGGCAGACGCCUUGAUGAAGUUAGGCCUUUGUUUUGUGAAGCUGGUACAUAUCCCAUUUUGCAUGGAUCAUCACUUUUCUCGCGCGGGGAUACUCAGGUUCUAUGUACUGUUACCCUGGGGGCCCCUGGUGAUGCUCAAAGAUUGGACUCUAUUGUUGGUCCUCCCACAAAGCGUUUCAUGUUGCACUAUAGUUUUCCUCCAUUCUCAAUCAAUGAGGUUGGAAAACGUACUAGCUUAAAUAGGCGUGAAGUUGGGCAUGGCACUCUUGCGGAGAAGGCUUUGCUUGCUGUAUUGCCUCCAGAAGAUGAAUUGCCGUAUACCGUCCGUAUCAAUUCAGAAGUGAUGGCCUCGGAUGGAUCAACGUCAAUGGCAACUGUAUGCGGAGGGAGUAUGGCAUUGAUGGAUGCAGGCAUUCCACUAAGGGAACAAGUUGCAGGUGUAUCAGUUGGCCUUGUUAGUGACGUGGAUCCAUCCACGGGGGCAAUAAAUGAUUAUUGCAUUCUGACAGAUAUUUUGGGUCUUGAAGAUCAUCUUGGUGACAUGGAUUUCAAAGUUGCUGGAACACGAAAAGGGAUUACUGCAAUUCAGUUGGAUAUAAAACCUGCUGGAAUUCCUUUAGACAUAAUUUGUGAAUGUCUGGAACCUGCCCGGAAGGGUCGCACCCAUAUCCUUAACAGGAUGGAGCAGGAGAUCGAUUCAGCCCGUACAACCCAUCAUGGAAACCCCCCACCAGUUUCAUUGAGGUAUAGUAAUGAUUCCCUGCGGCGUUUACUUGGGCCUUUAGGCUCGCACAGGAAAAAAAUCGAACAAGAAACAGGAGCAAGGAUUGCUGUUAGUGAUGGGACAGUUACUAUUGUUGCUAAGAACCAGAUGAUCAUGGAAAAAGCUCGGGAGAAGCUUGAUUUUCUGGUUGGACGUGAGAUUGAAGUUGGUAGGAUUUACAAAGGUGUUGUUACGUCGGUCAAAGAAUAUGGUGCUUUUGUGGAGUUCAAUGGUGGACAGCAAGGCCUUCUGCAUAUUUCAGAGUUGUCACAUGAGCAGGUUCCUAAAGUCUCUGAUGCUGUAUCUGUUGGCCAAGAGCUGUCAUUGAUGUGCAUUGGUCAGGAUGUCAGGGGAAAUAUUAAACUUUCUUUAAAGGCCACUUUACCGCAACGCGGAUCCAAGACAAAGGAUGCAGAAGAAACUCACGAUCCUUUUGCUCCCACAAAACAAAUGAAUGUUUGGGCCUCGGUGGAAAACGUGUCUGUUUGUGAAGAAAAUGACGAGGCUAGCAAUUCAAACGAUAGUGAAGGCGAUGAAACGCAUACUGCCACGCACUCCACAUCAUCAAUAGUAAUUCGAAGUGCUUCUGAGUGUGAUGCUCGGGAUAUUUCAGCUACUCAACAUAUCAAGAAGAAGAAGAAGACCAGACAGACCACAAAAUCUACCCCAAGGCCUUAUGACAGAUCUUCAAAUGACAAGAGUGGACGCAGAAGUGCUGUGAGCUCAACUCAAGUUAGAGUUAAAAAAGAGAAUGAUAACUUUCAAACCAUCUUACACUCCUUUGUAAAGGAUGAUGCUAAUAAUGAGAAGAAGCCUAUAUCUUCUGGAUUAAGUAAGGUAGAUGCAUCUUCUUUGAGGCUGGGAGACAUAGUCACUGCAAAGGUAUGCCAAAUACGGUCUCAUGGUCUUGUUCUAGAGUUGGGCGGUGGAAUUCGAGGAAUGUACAAGUUUGAGGCAAAUGGAAGGAGAGACUUCGAGGUGGGCAAUGAACUUCAUGUCAGAUGUUCAGCCUUCUCUAGCAGAGGUAUCCCAGUGUUUUCGUUGUUGCGAGGUGAUUGAAACUUGUGACCAUACAUUGGGUGAAGUGCUGAUGAUCAUUCUACCAAUGGAACCAUAAAAAUAAAAUAAACACACAACACAAAUGGGAUGAUAAUGUGAUGUGAGUGUGAUGCUUUGGGAAGCUGUUAAAUUAUAUGCUUUGGGAGGGCAUGUAUGACUACAGAUGGAUUAUCAUCGAUUGGCAGGAGACUCCAUGACCAAGCUGAGCGCUGUUGUUUUGCUUCUUAACUCCCACAGUUUUGUUCCUUUGAUGAAUGACCGCCACCCCACAAGAAUAGGAUGAACUCAUGUUUUUAAUUUACUAAUUAACAUUUCAUUCAUUGGUGUGUAUAUUAUUAAUUUUUUGUUGAGGUUUUAUUUGCCGUUAUUCAAGGGUUCGGGUUUUUAUUUUUAUUUUUAUUUUUAAUUUUAUUCAAACUGUAAGAUUAGAUUACCUAUUCAAGUGUUGUUCGGCGAUA